AUGAAUGAUAUCAGGAAGCAGCAAACAAGUCUUUUUUUAUCUGGAAGUUCAAGUGCACAGUUGCAUGGAAUAUAUGGAGGUCAAUCAGAUCAAGUAAAUACUCGUGAAGAUAAAGGGAUGAAUUCCUUUUUAAUUACUACUGAUAGAAAUAUACCAGUUAUUCGUAAUGAUAGAAAAACAGUCAAAGGUAUACAAGUAAUUAAUAAAAUAAGUGAAAAUGUGAUGACAUUAAUUGGAAAACCAAUGCCUAUAGCAAAUUCAGAAGCAUACUCAACAACACCUACUGAAGAAGGUAACAUAUCAAAGAGUGGUGGUCUGAAUUUAAUGUUACUCUUGUCAGUUACUAAAUUCAGCAGAUAA